AUGGAUGACGUGUCAGGGAAUAUCUCCAAACAGUGGAACAAGCACCAUGCGAUAUAUAUGUCAAAUGCGAAUCUCCCUCGCGAAAUGCUGGAGAAAGAGUUUUGUAUUCAUUUCGUCACGUCCUCUCCUCAUGCAGCUCCCAUGGAGAUGAUGAGUGCCAUGCAAGACUCAAUUGGGAAGGCUGCAGAAUCUGGGAUCUUCGCUUGGGACUGCAAAGACAACGAAGAAGUCAUGCUGGAUCCAUAUGGUCUCUUUCUCGGUGGCGACAACCCUAUGCAUGCUGAGGAGUGUAGUCACGCAGGCUUACAUUGUAACUACUUUUGUCGGACAUGCGAAGUUGGUGGAACAAAGGAGUAUAAGGAGUCGGAUGAGGGCUACAACAGCAUUUUUGUGCCAGGACAACUUCGUACUCCUGCUGGAACAGCAGCUGAGAUUCGUGCUCAAUUCGUCACUGCACUCGAUUCAGGCGCUUCUGAGAAAAUCAAGAAAUCUGUCUCUUCAACAGGUAUAAAAGAUACUACAACAGGCUACAUUCUCGAGGCAGUUGUUGAGAUGGGAAAGAAACUGUGCAAACGGGUGGCUGGUGUCCAGCCAAAACAGGAGAGGAGCACACUCAAUGACACAAUAAAUCCUUUACUCGGCGUGGAGGGAUUCAAUGUUCAUCAAGACACGCCAAUGGAAAUACUCCACACAGUGCUAUUGGGGGUUGUAAAGUAUUUUUUGGGUCAGACCGAUGGACUUGACUCUCCAUGUCUCAACGCUGAUUACAUUUGCCACUACAAAGGCAGUCUCAUUGGGAAACAUUUCAAGAGUUUAGCUCAGGUAAUGCCAUUUCUCAUUCAAGAUCUGUUGCCAAGAACGGUACUGGCGAGCUCAUUGUGCAUAUUUGGCACACCAAGAUAG